AUGGCGCGGUCGCGCGCGACGCGAUCGGAGGAGACCCUACGUCCGGGUGUUGACCAUCUCGGAUCGACGCUCGGGCGACGCGCGUGGACGUCGAAGACGUUGCCCGCGCACGUGGUCGUGCCCUUUCCCUCGCUCUCGCCCACGAUGACGCGCGGUGGGAUCGCGUCGUGGAAGAAGACGGUCGGGGACGCCGUCGUCGCGGGGGACGUCCUCGCGGAGGUGCAAACGGACAAGGCGACGAUGGAGAUGGAGUCCAUGGAGGAUGGGUACUUGGCGAAGAUAUUGGUCGACGCUGGGGAGAAUGAUGAUGUCCCGGUGGGGAAACCGGUGGCGGUGAUGUGUGAACGGGCGGAGGACGUGGGGGCGUUCGCGGAUUACGAACCGGCGGCUGACGCGGAGGCGACGGCGGAGGCGACGGCGGAGACGAACGCGGUGCCGGCGGCGAGGGCGGUGCUCGAGCGACCGGAUUAUCGGCCGAUUAAGGAACAGGGUGGUCUCACGAGGAAUUCUCGAGCGAGCGGAAGGGUGGACGCGGGGACGGAGUCGCGGGCGGCGCCGAUCGCGCGGGCGCUGCCGGCGGACGCGCCUCGCAUGACGGUUCGCGACGCGUUGAACAGCGCGCUGAGCGAAGAGAUGGCGCGUGAUGAGAAGGUUUACAUCAUGGGGGAAGAAGUCGGCGAUUAUCAAGGGGCGUACAAGAUCACCAAAGGAUUAUUGCAAAAGUACGGCGCCGAGCGGGUGCGCGAUACGCCAAUCACCGAGGCCGGUUUCACCGGCAUCGGCAUCGGUUCCGCGUUCAUGGGACUCAAGCCAGUCAUCGAGUUCAUGACGUUCAACUUUUCUAUGCAAGCGAUCGAUCACAUCGUGAACAGCGCGGCGAAGACGCUUUACAUGUCGGCGGGCGCCAUCUCGUCGCCCAUCGUCUUCCGCGGCCCGAACGGCGCCGCGGCCGGGGUCGGGGCUCAGCAUUCGCAAUGCUUUGCCGCCUGGUACAUGUCCAUCCCUGGUCUGAAGGUUCUCGCGCCGUACGACGCCGAAGACGCUCGAGGUCUCCUUAAGGCGGCGAUUCGCGAUCCCGAUCCCGUCGUGUUUUUGGAAAACGAGCUCCUGUACGGUCAAGAGUUCGCACUGCCCAAGGAAGCCAUGGACGAGGAUUUCACCAUCCCCAUCGGUAAGGCGGUGGUCAUGAAGCCUGGUGCGGACGUCACCCUCGUCGCUUUCUCCAAGAUGGUCGGUUACUGCCUCCAAGCCGCGGAGAAGCUUCGCGAGGAGGGUAUCGACGCCGAGGUCAUCAACCUCCGCUCUCUCCGCCCGCUCGAUCGCGAUGCGCUCGCGGCGUCCGUUCGAAAGACCAACCGCAUGGUCGUCGUCGAAGAGGGCUGGCCCCAGUGUGGCGUUGGCGCCGAGAUCUCCGCCGUGGUCAACGAGGACGCGUUCGAUCACCUCGAUGCGCCCGUGGAGCGCAUCACCGGCGUCGACGUUCCGAUGCCGUACGCUCAAAACCUCGAGGAACGCGCUCUUCCGACCGUGGACGACAUCGUUCGCGUCGCCAGGCGCGUCACGUACAGAGAUUGA